AUGGUAGCUGCUCGUCGUUCAUCUUCAAGAGUAUCCAAGAAGCAAAGAUUAGAACCCUCUUCAUCCGAUGAGAUGGAGAUUGACACUCCUGCCAGCUCCUUUUCACUGUCAAAUCCUCUUCAUGCACACUCCAUAGAGCUAAAGGAGGACGACGAUGACGAUGGCGAUUUCCAAAAACCACUUCCCAUGCCUGCUACCAGGGCAUUACGUUCUUCGCCUCGAAAUAAGGGUAAGGAUAAAGCCAAGUUGGAAGAAGCGUCCAUGCAUCCGCCCCUUCCUCGUCCCAAGCUUGAGAGAGAAGCCAGUGUCUUGAGACGUCGAAUUGCUAUAAUCAAGAUUGAAAAUCCUAGCUCCAGCGGUAAUCACACAGCAUCUACUUCGGCCAAUAGCAGUAUUGUCAGCAGCAGCAGUGCCACAUCACCUGCAAGCCUGAACGAUACAGAGUAUGAAUUGGAUGGUAGUGUCAUGGCUGAUUCCGCAGUUCCUUCUCCAAGAUUGCCUUCUACUCUAACUGAGUUUGAUUCUGGCUCCCAGCAAGUUUCUGAUAACGAAACACAAGAUCAUGAUGAGGUCGACUUGGAUUUGGCGCUUUCGAAUAUCCUGGCAUCCCGUAGACACCCUACUUUUGGUUCAGAAGACACAGAAGAAGAAGAAGAAGACGACGAAUUCGAAGACGAACCCAACCUCUCUUCAUCCUCCUCUGAAGCUGAGUCCACCUCCAAUGAUGAAGACUCAUCUGAUGAUGAUCGUCCUUUAGCCGAUCGCAGCAACAACCGUAGACGUAGAGUGAAUCCAAGACGUAGAGCGGCUAGAGUGCCUCAUUACAAGAAAACGCAAGACAAGGUCCUGAUCCAACAUCCAGAAUUAGAGGAUAUUUGGGAGAAUCUAGAAAAGAUUGAGCCUGCUAAAGUGAUCCCUAUUGAACAGCCUGCUGCCUUGAAGUUGCCUCUUUUGCCCUUUCAAAACUACGGAGUCGGAUGGAUGUUGGCACAAGAGAAAUUAGAGACGUUCAAAGGUGGUAUCUUGGCUGAUGAAAUGGGUAUGGGCAAGACGAUUCAGACCAUUGCUUUACUUCUGAGUGACAAGAAGAAACCCAACCUUGUCAUUGCACCGACCGUGGCCAUUAUGCAGUGGAAAGAAGAGAUCCUUAAGCAUACUGACAAUGCGCUUUCUGUUCAUGUGUUCCAUGGUUCCAAUCGUACCAAGAAACAAUCCGACUUGGAAAAGUAUGAUGUUGUCUUGUCGACAUAUGCUAUUAUGGAGUCGGCGUUUCGACGUCAGGAAUACGGUGUAAAGAAGGUGGGCCAUGCCGCCAUUUACAAAGAGAAAUCUAUACUGCAUAAAGUCAAAUGGCAUCGCGUGAUCUUGGACGAGGCACAUAACAUCAAAGACAGAUCGUCCAACACUGCCAGAUCUGUAUUCAACGUACAAGGCAACUUCAAGUGGUCCCUCACGGGUACUCCUCUGCAAAACCGUGUUGGCGAAUUGUACUCGUUGAUUCGUUUUAUGAAAGCCGAUCCAUUUGCCUAUUAUUAUUGUACCAAGUGUCCUUGCAAAGAGAUUGCCUGGCGUUUCUCCAACAAGCGUACUUGCGAUACCUGCCACCAUACGCCCAUGAGCCAUGUCUGCUGGUGGAACAAUGAAGUUCUUAAGCCCAUCCAAAACAACGGUUACGUCAAUGAUGGUCGCCUUGCACUCAAAAAACUGGGCCUCUUGUUGGAUAGAAUCAUGUUGAGACGCACCAAAAUCCAGUGUGCUGAUGAUUUGGGCCUUCCUCCUCGUACAGUCAUUGUACGUCGUGAUUACUUUAGUGACGAAGAAGAAGAUGUCUAUACCUCUCUCUACUCUGAUGUCGCUCGCACCUUUACCACCUACGUGGAGGCAGGAACCGUGCUGAACAACUAUGCCAAUAUCUUUGAGCUGCUGAUGAAGAUGCGUCAAUGCGCUGACCAUCCAGACUUGGUGACCAAGAAGAAGACUGACAACCAACAACUGGUAUGCAUGUUGUGCAAUGACCCACCCGAAGAUGCCAUUGCUGCUGUUUGCAAGCACGUUUUCUGUAGAGAAUGUUGCGUUCAAUAUUGCAAUAGCUUUGAUGAUGAGCGUGGUGAGAGCCCUCGCUGUCCCUCUUGCUUUGCUGAAUUUUCAGUGGAUCUCUCGCAGCCUGCCCUGGAAGUCGCUGGUGGCCCUGGUGCAAACGCCAAUUACUCUAAAUCAAGUAUUGUAAACCGUAUCGACAUGGACAAGUGGAGAAGCUCAACCAAGAUUGAAGCGCUUGUCGAAGAGCUAUCCAAGUUGCGUCGCGAAGACAAGACCAUCAAGAGUAUUGUAUUCUCUCAAUUCGUCAAUUUCCUUGAUCUCGUCUAUUGGAGAUUGUCACGAGCUGGAUUUGAGUGUAUUCGACUCGAUGGUACCAUGUCACCCGAGAAGCGUGCAGCUGCUAUCAAUCACUUCAUGACAAAGCCCACUUGCACUGUAUUUCUCAUUAGUCUUAAAGCAGGCGGUGUUGCACUUAAUUUGACCGAAGCCAGUCGAGUGUUUAUUUGUGAUCCUUGGUGGAACCCUGCCAUGGAUCGUAUUCAUAGACUGGGCCAGCAUCGACCCAUCAAAAUUACGCGGCUGAUCAUUGAAAACAGUAUCGAGAGUCGUAUCGUGCAGCUUCAGGAAAAGAAGACUGCCCUUGUUGAAAGCACAGUGGGUAAGAAUUCGAAUGCGUUGGACAAGUUGUCAGUGGAGGAUUUGCGCUUUUUAUUUGUCAUGUGA